AUGGCGUAUGGCAGAAGUGAGGCCAUCCUCGCUGCCACGGCGGUGUUCCUUAGCACCUCGUUGGUGACUGUGAUUCUGAGAUGUUUUGUACGCCUGCGGAUCGUCAAGGCCUUUGGGGCCGAUGACUACAUCAUGGUAGUCGCAAUGAUUUGUAACCUGGCAUUUGGCAUCUGCGGCAUGGUAGGCUCUACCUAUGGAAUGGGAAAACAUUUAGCCUACUUUGCCGGUCGGUCAUAUCUGUUUAGUCGUGCUAUGCUGUGUUUCUACCUCGGACAGAUCUUCUACGUGGUCACUGCGGUGCUGGCUAGACUCUCCAUCGUCAUGACCCUUCUGCGUCUCUUCGUUGAACCGCUACAUGCCUGGAUUCUCUACGGGAUAACCGCCCUCUCGAUCAUCGCGGGGUUCCUUUUCUUCUUCUUCACGAUCUUCCUGUGCCAGCCCGUGCAAUACCUUUGGGGCCGCAUGACGAUGGAGGGGAAAUGUCUGGACAUAAAUCUGCUACUGGGGAUUGUCUACAUGUACAGUGUUGUCACGGUCCUAAACUUAAAUUGA